GGCUACUUCGAAACUCGUUACAAACGGGGCUUCCUAACCUUGCUCGAUUCGAUGUUUUCCAGAUAUUAGAGAGUUUUACUUUUUUUUACUUUUUAAAUGCAUUUUUUAACUAUAAAAAACUUUUUUGGUGAAUUUAAACCGAAUCACCUUAUAGGUCCUUAUGAUCAAAACCAUCAACGUCAUUUUGAACUACCAACCAGCUGUUUCCUGCCAAAAUCGAUUCUAGCAGAAGAAGUUAAAGGUUUUGCUUUCAAAGUUCCUUAUUUUUGAGUGUCUAAUUAAGCUAAAAAGAUUCGAUUACACUUGAAAUAGGACUCAUUUUCAUUUGCCCACAUUUGUUACAAGUAAAAGCGCUUUUCUGUGGCUGACAACUUGAUAAACCACAAAAGACAUGAAGAUGAUGCAGUCCUGCGAUACUUUUGUUGUGCUACCCCCACUGACUAAACGGGGGGUGGUCUUUGGGAAAAAUUCAGAUAGGCCCCAAGGCGAAGUUCAGGAAGUUGUAUAUUUUCCUGCUACCGAAGCAGCUGGUCCAGAAACAGAGUGUACUUAUAUAAAAGUGGAUUCUGUCGAGAAGACGAAAGCAGUAAUUUUAAGUAAGCCCAACUGGAUGUGGGGAGCCGAAAUGGGCGCUAAUGAAUGUGGCGUUGCUAUUGGUAAUGAAGCCAUUUGGACCAAUGAUAAUGAAGGCGAUAGUGAUCCAAUUGUGAAAAGAUUGCUAGGCAUGGAUCUAGUAAGGCUCGGCUUGGAGAGAAGCUCCAACGCUGACAAUGCCUUAGAAGUAAUUACUAAACUGUUAGAAAAAUAUGGGCAAGGGGGACCUUGUUCUAACACUGAUCAGGGAUUUGUUUACCAUAACUCUUACUUAAUUGCUGACCCUUCUUGUGCUUGGGUAUUGGAAACAUGUGGAAAACACUGGGCAGCAGAAAAAGUUACUUCUGGUUAUAGAAAUAUUUCUAAUAUCCUUACAAUUACCACGAAGAUUGAUCGGAAAUCAGAUGGCUUAGAAGAAUAUGUAAUAUCUAAAGGGCUGUGGGAUGGCAAGGAGGAGUUUAACUUUUCUCAAGUAUUUUCUGGUGAAAAAAAGCCUGGAGAUGCUCGGUUUGAUGCUGGUCGUCGUUUAUUAGACCGAUACAGUGCAUGUAAAACCUUCAGUGAAUCUGAUAUGUUUAAAGUGCUUAGGAAUAAAGAGUCAGGAAUUUGUCGUGGAUGCGAAGACGCCUUUCCCACCGCUGGAAGUCAGGUAUCAACAUUGUCAGCAGCCGUUCCAAGUAUUCACUGGUUUACUGCUACUCCUGACCCCUCAAGAUCUGUUUUUAAACCAUUUAUUUUCACAAAGAAUGCUGUAAUUUCCAAGCAUACCAUUUGCCCGGACAAAAAUAAUAUGAAGACUGAGGACAAGAACAACAUCCCAAAGGUUCGAAUUGCUGUAAUAGGAAAGUCCAACGUCGGCAAAUCAGCUCUCACCGUGCGUUACCUCACGAGAAGAUAUAUUGGGGAGUAUCGAAGCAACACAGAUCUUCUGUACAAGCAAACGCUGACAGUGAACAAUACAUCGCUGGAAGUCGAGAUUGUGGAUGUAUGCAGCUGUGAUUUAGAAGCUUUUCCAGAAGAGGCGAUUCACUGGGCUGAUGCUGCUAUCGUUGUUUAUGAUAUAACCUGUAGACAUUCGUUUGAACAAGCCACCGAAAUGCUGAAGAAAGUCUUACAGUUAAGGACACAAAUUCCAAGGGUACUGCUGGGAAACAAAGCUGAUCUCGAGCAUCUCCGAAGGGUCGAGGAAACCGAAGGCCGUACCGUAGGAAUUCAAAAUAACUGUAGCUUCUAUGAAGUGUCCGUAGCUGAAAACUCUCAAGCAAUUUAUCAAGCAUUCGAUGCAAUUCUGAAUGAAUGUCGUCAAUCCACGCAAAAAAGCAGAAAAUUUUCCGUCUCGAAAAUGAUUGGCACCCUUAUAGGUAACGUCAAUCCUAAGCCGCAACCCGAAACGAAACAAGGAGGAACUUUGACGGUAUGCCAUAAGUCUGAUCUCUACAAAUCCCGAGUUAUUAGAAGGAGGCAAAACUUUACAGCGACAGCAUCUCUCUGACUAGAAGGAAAAGAAUCGUAAGAUAAUUUUCUAUGAAUAAUAGUACUGAACUCGGUACGAUUGGUUUGGUGGAUGAUUUUUUCUCAGUUUUAUGAGAUACUUGGUAGUCUUAAGAUUAAAUGUGAAUCCAGAGGCAACAUUUAUUGUAAAGUCCUGUAAAUUACUAUUUAAGUUUGAGAGCAUUCAUUUUCACAUCAAAUGAAUGAAUCAUUGUUUGCGUCUGGAUUUUCUGAUUUUAUUCCUGAUGCCCCGUGUAAAUUCCAUAUCGAAGUGUAGAUUCGUCAAGACGUUUAAUAUUUAAAUAUUGAUGGUCGACAAAUUUAUAAACCACGUAUAUUGAUGUAGGGGCUUAGACAUAUGGGUAACUUUAGAUUUUUUACCAAAUCUUUUUUAAUUUAAUAAAUGUGUGCAUGUAUAUCUAGAAUACAAUGUCUUGGGUACGUUGUAACGUUUUUCGGGGUAAUAAUUUUAGUUGUAUCUUGAAUCUGAUUGGCUAAAAACUUUGAAAGCCACUUAAUGAAGUUCCGUACUGAGAAUAGGUUUAAUGCCUUAUCACAACAAAAUUAAUACUGCCGGAUAAUCAGCCGCAAAUUUGAAGCAUGUGAAGUAUGAUGAACUAAAAUAACUGCUAAAAUAAUUGAUUUAGUCAUAUAUAGUCGAUAUGCGGAACUAGAAGUUUCAUAAUUAAAUGUUACACGAUGUGAUUAAUUUUAGUUACCUCAAAAACUAGAAGAUUGUCUUAUGGGCAUUUGACUGUUUCUACUUUCAGUUCUAUUAUUUUGUUCCUUUAGUUUGGACCAUUUGACUUAAAAGUAUACUAAAUAUUAUGAAAUAUUGUGUGUGCGAAACGGCUGUGAUAAUUUAAUUUGUUUCAAUUAAUUAAUUAGUUUUUUAGGGAAUACAUUGUAAAUUUAUUAGAAAAAAU